UCAUUUUCAUUUAUCAGCAGGGUAAUACCUCGAGCUCUCAGUUUGCGUGUUUUGGACUGCCUGUUAUUCGCAAUUUUUUCCUUCCUUCCCCAACACUAUUUUGCUGUAUUGGAAAGAAAUUUCUGAACGGUUACGAUAAACUGCAUAUUCUAAUAACACUCAACGUCAAUCAGUGUUAAGUUCCGGGCUAACAUUGUGAAAUGUCGGACCUAGUCGAAAACGGUACCGAUGCUCCGGUGAAAACUGAGAAGCAGCUUAAAAAAGAAGCGGAAAAGGCUGCCAAGUUGGCAAAACUGCAGGAAAAAUUAAAUAAGAAACAGGCCCAGGAACAGCAGGCCGCUGUCAAACCGAAGGCCGAGAAAAAAGUGAAAGAGAGUAAAGAGACCAUAAUUUACGCUGGCAAUAGCAAAGAGGGUGAGAAGAAAGAUUUGACUGGUCCGUUUCCUGAGGCAUACAGCCCCCAAUAUGUGGAGGCCGCAUGGUACAGCUGGUGGGAGAAAGAGGGCUUUUUCAAGCCAGAAUAUGGGCGCAAGCAAAAUAAUUCGGGUGGUCGAUUUGUGAUGGUUAUCCCUCCGCCGAAUGUUACCGGUUCGCUGCAUUUGGGACACGCAUUAACGAACGCGAUCGAGGACGCUAUUACUCGAUGGCACCGAAUGAAGGGUCGCACCGCACUGUGGGUGCCGGGAUGUGAUCACGCCGGUAUUGCUACCCAGGUCGUGGUGGAAAAGAAACUCUGGCGGGAACAGAAACUCACCAGACAUGAUCUGGGUCGGGAGAAGUUUAUCGAAAAAAUAUGGCAAUGGAAAGCGGAAAAGGGUGACCGAAUUUACCAUCAGCUGAAGAAACUGGGUUCCUCGUAUGAUUGGGAUCGGGCUUGCUUUACAAUGGAUCCCAAACUGUGUAAAGCAGUAACGGAGGCAUUUGUCCGGAUGCACGAACAAGGGCUGAUCUAUAGAAGUAGUCGGUUAGUCAACUGGUCCUGUACGCUCCGAUCCGCUAUUUCUGACAUUGAAGUAGACAAGGUUGAAAUUCCUGGCCGAACAAUGCUUUCUAUUCCGGGUUACAACGAAAAGGUAGAGUUCGGAGUGCUGGUUUCUUUUGCCUACAAAGUGGAGGGUACUGAUGAAGAGAUCAUUGUGGCAACUACUCGUGUCGAAACCAUGCUUGGGGAUACAGCUGUAGCCGUGCAUCCGAAGGACGAUCGAUACAAGCAUUUACACGGCAAGUUCGUCCAACAUCCAUUCUGCAGUCGCAAGUUACCGAUCGUGUGUGAUGAGUUUGUUGAAAUGGACUUUGGAACAGGAGCUGUGAAAAUUACUCCCGCGCACGACCCGAACGAUUACGAAGUCGGCAAACGUCACAAUCUGCCGUUUAUAACUAUUUUUACCGACGACGGUUUCGUUACUGGUGAUUACGGCGAAUUCACCGGAAUGAAGCGAUUUGACGCAAGGAAAGCAGUUCUGGCUGGGCUUCAGGCGAAGGGACUCUACAAGGAAACUGUUGAUAAUCCAAUGGUAGUUCCGACCUGCUCUCGGUCAAAAGAUAUCGUUGAACCAUUGAUCAAACCCCAAUGGUAUGUCAAAUGCGAUGACAUGGCUAAGAACGCUACCGAAUCGGUUCGUUCGGGAGAGUUGAAAAUCAUUCCUGAAGUGCACACCAAGAUCUGGAACCACUGGAUGGACGGUAUUAGGGAUUGGUGUGUGUCUCGUCAGCUCUGGUGGGGACAUAGGAUUCCAGCUUAUCAUGCUUCGUUCAAAGAUCCAAGUAAAAAACCCGCCGAACUUGACGAGGCUACCUUAUGGUUCGUUGGUCGUAGCGAAGAAGAAGCACUCGAAAAGGCAUCCAAACAACUUAAUGUUGAAAAAGAAGAAUUGAUCCUAAAGCAAGAUGAUGACGUGUUAGAUACCUGGUUCAGUUCUGGACUGUUCCCCUUUUCCGUGUUUGGCUGGCCCGAUAACACUGACGAUUUGAAGCUCUAUUAUCCAACGACGCUACUGGAAACUGGUCACGACAUUCUGUUCUUUUGGGUUGCCCGAAUGGUUUUCUUCGGACAGACCCUACUGGGCAAGUUACCCUUCAAGGAGGUUUUCCUCCAUCCGAUGGUCCGGGAUGCUCAUGGCAGAAAAAUGUCCAAGUCGCUAGGAAAUGUCAUCGACCCGAUGGAUGUGAUCACGGGAAUUUCUCUGGAAGGGUUGCACCAACAGUUGCUGGAUUCUAAUUUGGAUCCGCGCGAGAUCGAGCGUGCCAAGGCCGGACAGAAGCAGGACUAUCCGAAUGGUAUACCCGAGUGUGGCACGGAUGCGAUGCGCUUUGCACUGUGCUCCUACAUGACCCAGGCACGGGAUAUCAACUUGGACAUACUGCGCGUGCAAGGCUAUCGGUUCUUUUGCAAUAAAUUAUGGAAUGCGACUAAGUUUGCGCUGUUGUACUUCACCGGUGAGGAAAGGUACGACGUUAUUCAACAACUGACCGGCUCGGAGAGCAACAUCGACCUCUGGAUCCUGUCGCGGCUAUCCAAUUGCAUCGACACCUCGAACAAGGGCUUCGAAAAGUACGAGUUUGCUCAGGCCACAAACGCUUGCUACAACUUCUGGCUGUACGAUCUGUGCGACGUGUACCUGGAGUGUCUUAAACCCGUGUUUCAGUCCGGUUCGGAAGAGGCUAAGGCUUCCGCUAGGAGAACGUUGUACACCUGUCUGAAUCUUGGCUUGAAACUGUUGUCUCCGUUUAUGCCGUUCAUCACGGAAGAAUUGUACCAACGGUUGCCUCGUGCCGAUGCCGAUCAUAUUUCCAGUAUUUGUGUUGCACCGUAUCCGGAGCUGGAAUCAUCCAACUGGCAUAAUGAGGUACUGGAAAAGGAAUUUGAGUUUGUUCAACGUGCGGCCAAGGUAAUUCGGUCUGCUCGAAGCGACUAUAACCUACCUAAUAAGACCAAGACGGACGCGUACAUUGUCUGCAGUGAAGAAACGGCGAAAGCCACACUUGAACGGUUUGCAGCUGAUCUAGCAACGAUGAGUUAUUCGCAGAUUCUUCUUACCGGCGACGAACUUCCGUCUGGCUGUGCGAUUCUUACCGUUUCUGGGGCAUGCAUUGUACAUCUUUUGCUGAAGGGACUUAUCGAGGUCGAUAAGGAGAUUGAUAAACUAGGUAAGAAACGGGACAACUUAACGUCCACCGUGGGUAAAUUGGAGCAAGCAAUGGCUGCUUCCGAUUAUUGCACGAAGGUUCCCGAGGAUGUUAGAACCGCCAACCAAGAUAAAUUGGAACAGUCGAAAGUUGAAAUCGAACGAAUCAUUGCAGCAAUGGAGACACUAAAAACGAUGUAACUGAGGUCUACCUUUUAAAGACGAAACAUUUCACUAUUCAAGCAUUUUUUAAAAUUUCGGCUUUCGAUGCUAAAUGAGCGUUGCGCCUCUUUAACCAUAAUCUUAAGCUGAAGUAAUAAUUUAUUGUAGCUAUUUAAACAAUAGCGUUGAGGUUAGAUUUUUCAGUAUGAUGAUUAUCAAAAAAUAUACGCAAAACAAGCAAAUACACUUUUACGCAAUAAGCCUAGAA